UCGGAGGAGAUCUUGUAAUGGAGCGGUUCUUCGUCUCACACUAACAAGAUGCCUGAUAUCCUCAGGAUCGUGGGAUUGAAGAAUGUCCCGGGUCCCAUUGGGGAAAGUCCUCCUGAGGAAUGUCAUCCGGCACAUAGAUGCUCACAAUAAGAUUCAGGAGGAAUCAGAUAUGUGGAAAAGAAGAGAACUGGAGAAACAGAUGGAAGAUGCUUACCAGGGAACCAAAAGGAAAAUGUUACCCAGCAGUUCAAGCUGGACGCGUAGUGAUGGUUUUGAUGAAGAAAGUCAAAGAGACUAUUGGAGGCCAAAGAAUGAAAUUUCUGGGACACUGGAAGAUGAUUUUCUUAAGGCUAAAUCCUGGAACAAGAAGUUAUAUGAUUAUGAAGCUAAUAUGCCUGACAGAUGGGGUCACAGUGGUUAUAAAGAGUUAUACCCUGAAGAAUUUGAAACAGACAGUGAUCAGCAAGAUAUUACCAAUGGGAAAAAAACAUCUCCCCAGGUAAAAUCAUCUACCCACGAACCCAAGCACAAGAAGUCAAAGAAAUCCCACAAAAAAAAGCAGAAAAAAAGGUCACACAAAAAACAGAAGAAAAGCAAAAAGGAAGCCACAGAUAUAACAGCAGAUUGCUCAAGUGAGUUCUCAGAAGAAACUGGGGCUUCCAGUACCAAGAAAAGGAAACAACCACAUAAACGCAAGAAAAAAUCCAGGAAAAAGUCUCUCAAAAAAUCUGUUUUAUUCUUAGAGGCAGAAAGUGACACUUCCCAGACAGAUGACUCAGCAUCUAGCAGUUCUGAGGAAAGUGAGGAAAGAGACACUAAGAAAACUAAAAGGAAAAAGAAAGAUAAAAAAGUCCAUAUCCCUAUAGCUAACAAUGAAAUACAGGAGAGGACAAACAAACGCACAAAUUGGAAAGUGGCCACAGAUGAAAGGUCUGCUGAGAGCUCAGAAGAUGACUAAAUGGGAAAGAAACAUUUUUGUUUCCCACAUAACUCUGGAUAUUUACAGCUCUUAACACCUUGGGGUUUUGUCAGAUUUGUUCAGCACAGGGGGCCUGAGGUCAGAGCUGUCUCGUGCCAUCUAUGUAUGUUCUGACAGAUUUCUUGUCUUCUACUUUGGCCUGUUAAACUUGAUCCCCUUUUCUUGUUAAUAGGGAAUCCGGUAUUUUGUUAUGAAGGUUUCUUGAAGAGAUUAUUUUUUGCAAUUAAUCACAUUUAGUGUAGAGUACAUAUACAGCAAAUUAAACGACCCAGAAAGCUGAAUCCAAGAAUGACCUGGGUACACGAAUUGGAAUGUUGAAUUUGGGGAGGUCAAGGGCUGGGAUCUAGAGGUGGAUUG